UGGAGCAGUAGUUGUGUAUCUCCAUCCACUUUCUCUCCUACCUAAGUGCGUGCCACCACCCCAUGGAAGAUUCGAUGGACAUGAGCUCCCUGAGGCCCCAGAACUAUCUUUUUGUUUUAGCUGUGGAAGAAGAUGCAGAGUCAGAAGAUGAAGAGGAGGAGGAUGUGGCACUCUUAAGUAUAUCUGGAAAGCGAUCUGCCCCUGGAGGUGGUACCAAGUUUCCACAGAAGAAAGUAAAACUUGCUGCUGAUGAAGAUGAUCAUGAUGAUAAAGAUGGUGAUGAUGAUUUUGAUUAUGAGGAUACUGAAGAAAAAGCCCCAGUGAAGAAAUCUGGUCAAGAAUCCUUCAAAAAACAGGAAAAAACUCCUAAAACACCAAAAGAACCUAGUUCUGUAGAAGACAUUAAGGCAAAAAUGCAAGCAAGUAUGGAAAAGGGCGGUUCUCAUCCCAAAGUGGAAGCGAAGUUCAUCAAUUAUGUGAAGAAUUGCUUUCGGAUGACUUACCAGGAGGCUAUUCAAGAUCUCUGGUAGUGGAGGAAGUCUCUUUAAGAAAAUAGUUUAAACAGUUUGUUAAAGUUUUCCAUCUUAUUUCAUUUCUACAACAGUUGAUAUCUGGCUGUCCUUUUUAUAAUGCAGAGUGAGAACUUUCCCUACCGUGUUUGAUAAAUGUUGUCCAGGUUCCAUUGCCAAGAAUGUGUUGUGCAAAAUGCCUGUUUAGUUUUUAAAGAUGGAAUUCCACCCUUUGCUUGGUUUUAAGUAUGUAUGGAAUGUUAUGAUAAGACAUAGUAGUAGCAGUGGUCAGACAUGGAAAUGGCGGGGAGACAAAAAUAUAUCUGUGAAAUAAACUCAGUAUUUUAAUAAAGUAAA